ACAUACAUACCUCACAGCAGCAGACGCGUAGCUCUACCUCGUAACUCUAGAUUCCUGCCACAUUACCACUUGAUCUCCAAUAUGCAGUUUAAGGAUAUGCUGAAGAAGAAGGAGAAAGAGAAGGCCAAAGAAGAAGAAGGCGCCACGAGUCCGACCACCACCCUCUCCCCAGACGUCCCUCAAUUCAGCUUUGUGCGCACCACGACCACGACCCGGGAAGACAUCGAGCCCCCCUCGUUCCCCGGCGACCCCAAACCGUACAGCGCGCCGCUCCUUUCCCCCGACCAGCCAUCGCGAGGCAUAGCAGGGCGGUUCAGGAGACACAGCAACGCGGCUUCGACGGCCCCGCCGAGCGCAAACAACCGGCUGUCGCAGCGCAUCAACUUUGGCCGGAGCAGAUCGAGCAGCUCGGCCAACAUACCGGAGAACUUGCCCGAAGUAGGGGGCGACGGCGUCGCACGCAAUGAGGAAGACGAGGCAAAGUGGGAGAGGAGAGCUACCGUGAUGGUGACGGCUAAUAUGGCCAUCAAGAGCCCGCCUGCGACACCCAGCAUCGAGGUCACAAGUGAGGAUCCAUUCGACUCGCCGCGGCGGCAGCAACCUCAACCGCAGGAGCAACAGCGAAGGAAUAGAAGCCCGAGUGUGAACAAUGCUCCGGAUGAUACGAACAUUCAGGAGGCGAUUCGGUUGCACGAGAAUGGAGAUCUCGAAGCGUCGACCAAGAUGUUUGGGGAUCUGGCUGACCCCAAUACCCACAACAACGCCCUCAGUCAGGUUCUCUACGGGCUCGCACUACGGCACGGAUGGGGCUGCGAACCGAACCAAGAGCAAGCCGUCCACUAUCUCUCCAUGGCCGCGUCCAACAGCGCCGAAAUCGAGAAGCUGGCGUUGGGUGCGGGAAUGAAGAAAGGCGGGGCGGCAAAGGGAGAGCUUGUGCUCGCCAUCUUCGAGCUGGCGAACUGUUUCCGCCAGGGCUGGGGCAUCAAGAAAGACCCGGCGGCCGCGAAGCAGUACUACGAAACGGCUGCCAACUUGGGCGACACGGAUGCAAUGAACGAGGUCGCUUGGUGCUAUCUAGAAGGCUUUGGGACUAAGAAGGAUAAGUUCAAGGCGGCUCAGUUUCUUCGCCUCGCCGAAUCCAAGGGAAGUAAGACAUUGGGCAACACAUGGAUCUGGAAAGAUAAAUAUAAUCCCCCUUCUACAUCACCGACAUCGCCAUCGUCUACGGAAAAAUCGAGUUUUGCGGGGUUAGGAUCAAUGAGGAGGAAGAAAAGGAACUAAAUAAACAUAAAGUCCAAAAGUAAUAGGAGUAUCAAAGUUAGGGAAUUUUUGAAAGAGGCGACAAGCAAUCACUUCACCAUGUCAUUCAAUCAAUCAGUCAAUCAAGAAUAUAUAUAUCGUCGACAUCAAGAUCCCCCGUCCGAGGGGGAAUCAACUUCUUCA